AUGGAAGAACGUGUAGGCGCUGGCACAGGACACAGAUGGAAAGGGACUAAGUAUCUUCAAACACGGUCUAAUGGAACCGGUUUUAUGGGGCUAUGGGAAAGAGAACCGUUGGAGGAGGGUGAGAAUGAUCGAAAUGCGAUGGGGGGGAUCCCGACGGGGAUUGAGAAAUUGGUUGUUAAACAGCUGUUUAGUGGAAUUUCACGGGAACGAUACGAAAGGGAGAUCUAUUUCCAUGAUAAGCUUACUAAGACGGGUAGUAAACAUAUUGUUGCGAAGUAUGGGUCGGAUGAGGGCAAACAUAAUUCUAAUAAUUCUAGUCAAAGGAUCUUCAUGGACUAUUGUGAGAAUGGGAACUUCCGGAGUUUUAUGAAGGUCCUGAAGAGGUACGCAGAUAGUUGAAAUCCUCUCUUCAUUCCUUACGGCUAAAUUAAUUCUGACUAACGAACUUCAGGGACACAUCCAUUACCAAUCCACUGAGUGAAGAGUAUUGUUGGUAAGUUGCUCGUAAAACUGCCUAUAGUUUCAGCAGAGAUUCUAACUAG